GCACGCACGGCGGUGACGUAACAUGAACACGUGGGUUUGUUGUUACAGGAAGUAAAGAUGGCGGCUCAGUCCUUACUCUCAGAGUCUGCGAUCGGAUGGUCAAUUUUCACUGUUGUUCUCUUGGCAAUCUUGGCUUUCUGCUGGAUCUACAUUCGCAAAUUUCAGAGUCGGCAAGACAGUGAGGUGGUUUCAACUAUCACGGCAAUAUGUGCACUGGCCAUUGCUUUGAUAACCUCGGCUCUCCUACCAGUCGACAUAUUUCUUGUUUCAUACAUGAAAUAUCCCAACGGUACCUAUAAGGAAUGGGCAGCAAACAAUGAGACAAGAAGCCAGAUUGAAGCCACUGUGUUGUAUGGUUAUUACACUCUCUACUCCAUCAUACUGUUCUUUGUCUUCCUUUGUAUCCCGUUUGUCUACUUCUACUAUGAAGAAAAGGACGACAGCAAUGUAAACAAAUGUGCACAAGUGAAAAAUGCUCUGAAGUACACAGUUGGAUUUGUCAUUGUCUGCGUGGUGCUCCUGUUAAUUGGAGCAUUUGUUCCACUUGAAGCUGCACCUGGACAAAAUUCCACUCAGUGGGAGAAGGUUCAGUACCUCUUUGAUGAGCUCGGCAGUAGCCAUGGUCUUCCAGCUCUAUCUUUCUCCAUCAGCUCUUUGACCUUGAUUGGAAUGUUGGCAGUGAUCACAUACACUGCAUAUGGGAUGUCUGUCAUGCCUUUGAAUCUGAUAAAAGGCACUCGGAGUGUCGUCUAUGAACGCCUUGAGAACACAGAGGACAUUGACGAGGUUGAGCAUCAGAUUGAAAAUCUCAAAUCAAAGUGUAAGGAUGGACGUCCUCUGUCCUCAAAGGACAGACGUAGCCUACAGGAGCUUGAGGGCAAACUGCAGGUCCUCCAGCGCAGAGGAAGACACCUGGACAUUGCAGAGAGGAACUGCUGCUCUAAAGUUGGCAGUGCUCUCAGACCUGUGAAGAUAAUACUGGGGGUUUUCUUUAUCCUGGUCGCAUUGUUGUUCACUAUUUCCCUAUUUAUUUCAAAUUUGGAUAAAGCUCUGCACUCUGCUGGGAUCAGCUAUGGUUUCAUAAUCUUUGGCACCAACCUGACCAAUCCUCUCAAUGAACUUCUGCUGGCCUUACAACCUGUUUUUCCAUUGGAUUACAUCCUAAUCACAGUCAUUACCAUGUACUUUGUGCUGACGUCCAUGGCUGGAAUUCGUAACAUGGGCAUCUGGUUCUUCUGGAUGAGACUCUACAAAAUAAGACCAAAGAGAACACGUCCCCAGGCCCUCCUCUUCCUCUGCAUGAUUCUGCUGUUGAUUGUUCUUCACACCAGCUACAUGAUCUACAGUCUGGCCCCACAAUAUGUCAUGUACGGCAGCCAGAAAUAUCUUGUACAGAGUCAGACAUCCUCAACUGAUCCAGGUCCUGGCAAUACUACUUUGAGCACUACAAAGAUAUGUGAUGCAGAUGCACCUGAGGAUCAAUGCAUUGUGACUAGAACCUAUCUUUUCCUACACAAGUUCUGGUUCUUUAGCACCAUCUACUACUUUGGCAACUGGGCUUUUAUUGGAGCUUUCCUCAUUGGACUGGUGGUAUCAUGCUGCAGAGGGAAGAAAUCAGUGAUCGAAGGAGAAGUGGAGGCUGAUGACUCAGACAUUAGUGAUGACGAAUAUGUGCAUUAAAAAAAACAUGUUAUUGAUAUUGUACUCAUAGCUUAUAGGGACUGGAAAGUAUGAUUAUUUAACUAAUAAGAAAAUUGAACUUAAACUGAUUGUAAUAAGUUGGAUUGUUUCAUUAGAUUCCAAGUUUGGUGGAGUUGACACUUUGUUCCCUUUUAAUGAGAGAGCUCAGACUGAUAGUAGCAGAUUCCUCGGUCAAUGUUAGUGAUGGCUCUGGGAUUCUGGGAGUGUCCUCCAGAUUUCGCUUUACAGUCUGACAUAAAUUACUUAUUUUUUAGGAAAAUGCUGACAUGAAAUAUUUACUGUUCCAAAGCUCAGUGUUUGGGCUUCUACCUUAGUAUCUUUUGUUUUUCUUUUUUUGUCUUUUUUUUUUUUUUACUUCCUACAGGUACUCUUUCUAUUCUGCUUAAGUUAUUUAUUCUUGAAAACAUAUACACUGUACCUUGGUACAUAUCUGAAGCCCAGCAGUUGUUUUGCUGAAGACCUGCUUGUUAUAAAAACAAUGAUUUCUAAAAGUUGACAUUCGUAACACUGAAAGGAUGAUUGUUUGCUUUGAUUUGCAUCGGCUCAGAGUGCAGAUGGUGUUUUUUUUUUUGUGUUCCUGCCACUGUAGACCCGCCUGAAGUGUAAAAAGUUUAGAAUCAAUUGUAUCUAGUGGGUUUUCAGCUCUUUAAUGUAUAAACUUGGUUUUGCUAUGGGUGGAGAAACAGGAAAAUGAGUAAUAGAAAAAUGUAAGAUAUCAAGAAUUUUUGUUUUCUUUUAAUAAAGACUACACGUCAUUUUGGGUUUCACUUUAGAGGUACAGUAAUUGGCUGCACAAUGCGAUGCAUUUAAUUGCUUUUUUUAGCCCUACACAGAUUUAUUCCACAAUGUAUGUAUCUCAAAUUAAGGCUGAUAAUUAAAGUUUUGAAGCGAAAUGUUUGUGCCUCAUGAAUGCAAGCUGCUAUGAUGGGCACAUAUACCUAAACUUGUCCUAGCUUACGUUACUUUAGAAUUUAGCCUCAAUUCAAGUAUUAGUUUCCUUUUAUUGUUAGGAAAUGAAUGCCAGGUCAAUGUUGGCGAACCAAUUAUAUGAUUGUGAAGAUUUUGGGAAAAUAUGUUAAUAAUUAAUGGUACCUAUAUUUAAAGGAAUAAAAAAAUUUCAAACACU